GUGGACGGAGUCACUACUACAGAAAAAAAUGGCAGCUUGCAUGACAUUCAAAAGUAAAAUUUUCAAUGGCUCUCUUGCAAAAGCUAGUAAAACAUUUUUAGUUCAACCUGUAAGAAAUCGAUGGAAACCCCCAGAUCGGGAUUUGGAAAUUUUACCAAGUUUUGCUGAACGCUUAGCAGGUGGGGCUAAAUCAACUUAUUUCAUUAGUAUUCACACUCUACUCUCUACACUUCCCUAGGCCCUAGGCCCUAGGUAAAUGAAAGGACGAAUGCCACUAUUGACUAUUGGCUGUUUCAGAUUUAGCGGCCAACAUUGUAGGCACUUAAAUACAAAAUUUAAAAAAAUUUAAAUACAUUUUGUAAUAACACAGUUAGUUAGAGCAAAUUUCAAAUAAAAAAAUGAAACCAGAAUCAACUUUUUAGCUUAAGUACUUUUUGAGCUAUGAAUUUUUAAAGUGUGAGUUCGUUUGGUAUUUUUUACUAUGGACGAAACCUCCACAUCUUGUGACCUCAUUCCGCUGAUCGCGUCAUGAAUAAGGCAACGCAUCGCCUUAUCACUAAAAUACUGUUUAGGGUCGACUUAGUUUAAACUUUCAACUUUGGCACAUGAAUAAUUAAUUAAAGCUUUCCCUGACCAAUGGUAUAGUAGUUUUUGCACACGGCAAACUCUUAUGAAUGAAACUCUGAGGUAGUACUACGAUACAGCCAUUAUGCAAGUGGCUGUGAAUGGUUGCCAAUGACAACGUGUUGCACACGGUAAAUUCUGAUCAUUUAUAAUAUGGAUUCUACCGGGUUGUUAAAGCUCAAAUUAAAACAUUCCAGUUUAAAUGUCUUCAAAAUGCAUUCUGAAACACAAGUUAUCAAUUAUUUUGAUGUAAAUAGUGAUAAUAAAUUAAUAUUUCCUAAGUAUCUGCAACUUCCGCCAUUAAAAAGGGGGCGUGGCCUACCCCAAGGCGAAAUUAGGUUGAGCGAGCUGCAUGACCUGCUGCGAACGCGUAGAAACAUGGCGUCUCUCGUAAGACACUUAUCGCUGUGAAAAUUGGCAUACAUGUAGAUCAAUAGAUUCCCCAGAUGCAAACAAAAUUUGGAAGUGACAAAUUUUUUCCUUCGACUUAAUUUUAAUGAUGAAAGUUGCCUUAUAUUUACCAAGAAAUUUCUCAAAGCUGACUGAUUGUAAAUGAAAAAGAAAUUGAUUAAAAUGCAGGCCAAGAUGUCUACCUAAUUAUAAGGCCGAAAACGGAACUCAAAUAUAUAUCGAAAGUACUAAUUUAAUAAUAAAUAGACACAUACAUCGGAAAAUUAAAAACUCGUUUUUUUCGGCGCCGAUUGCGAAUUCCCAUACACAAAAAGUAGUAGUCUCCCUUGACUUACCGAAGUAUCUACACAUUGACUUUGUUAAGGUUAGGCAUAGGGAUCGAUUUAGGGGUCGGGUUAGGCUUAGGGGUGGAUUUAGGGAUGGGAUUAGGCAUAGGGAUAGAUUUAGGGUUCAGGUUAGGCAUAGGGAUCGAUUUAAGACGCAAAAGUGCGCGCAUGGAAAUAAACGCGGUCCGCUUUCUCUGAAUUUACCCCGCUAUUUUAUCGAUGGCCGCGACUAAUGCCCUAAAUCGAUCCCUAUGCCUAACCUGAACCCUAAAUCGAUCCCUAUGCGUAGGUACUUGGGUAAAAUUUUCAAAAUGAAGUUAUAGCUUUAAGAGCUAGUUGGUUAGAUAGGGCCUGAAAAAUGCAAUUCAUUGAUACCAAAUUUAUGUUUGUAGGUCAAUUCUAAAGAAAGUUAUGAUUUUUUGUGUGACUUAUUUUGGGAUAACUCUGUUAAUUGAGACAUAUAGGAAAAUAUAAAAGUGACUAAAAUAAAAAUUGGGCAGAGAUUUGUGAGAGAUGUUAAAAAAGAGCAGUAAAUUGAAGUUAUUUAAUGACUUAAUGAAGAUAAUCAUAACAAACCAUAUAUAUCCGUGAUCGUCAUAACAUUAUCCAAACAGACGUCAUACAAUAAAUUCUAUGGUACGCAAGAUGUGCUCAUUAAUAUUCAAAAUGGCCGUAAAAUUUCCAUAUGUCAUAUUUGAAUAUGAACACAACAUGAACAAUAUUCUUCAAAAUAAAGGGUUAUGUAUAUCAAAUUGUUCGUAUUGAAAAGGGGAAACAUAAUAAGUAGCAUAUGGAAGGGUGAACCAAUGUGUCCAUUAAAAAAUUUAAUUUUUUCUAUAGCGCUGAUAGCAAAUCAAUUUUCGGAUAUUAAAUGUACAAUAUGUAGAUUAUAGUAGGAGUUUUUCUUGCAUAGGGGCUAUCUUUCAAUUCUAUAUUCUUUUUGCUAAGUGUAGCAUUAGUUUUUCAUAGAAUCCCUACAAUUAAAAAAGAAUUGUGCUGCUUCAACUAAGGCCUACAAAUUGCAAAUAUGAUUAACAUUAUGAUGUCAUUUGAUAGGCCUUUAAAAAGAUAAAACAAAGUAUUUUUGUGUGUGUGAAGCAUUUCAAAAAAUCAAUUCAUCUAAAUACUAAAGAAAUCUUAAUUUUAAAUCUAUUAUGAAGAUAAAAUAUACUUUUCUUAAUAUGUCCAUGCUACAAAUGUGUCAGGUAGCUAAGGCCAAACUCCCAAAUAGGCCUAUUAUGUGGGAGUGGAAGUUUCACUAUUUAAAUAAAGAAAUACAAUUAAAUAUCUAUUCAUAUGUAUUCUUUGAUAAUAAUAUUAAUCUCAAAUAACUUAAAAUAGUGCUUUUAACAUUGUUUAUUAAACAGAUUGCUUAAGAUUUAAAAAUGAUUUGCUGAGGUGGAUUUGGCCAUCUUGAAAAUGAUAUCCAGGGAAGAAACACACAUGUGGAAAAUUUAAUAAAAUUGUUGGGGUAGGUUGGGGGGACUUUUAAUUUGCCCAUUGAUGUAGAUAAGUGGAUGCUCUAAACAGUGGUUAUCAUGAAAAUCGCGUCUGGUGGAGUCUCUACGAGAAAUUAAGCAGUAGACUUAGCUUAAUUCAACUUGAUAUAUAUUUUUUUUUUCCAAUGUGAUUAAAAAUCUGAAGACACAGUAUUAUUCAGCUUCCAAUUCUCUUUAAAAUGAUAUAUCACACUACCUAUUUAAUAAAGAAACAACCACAAAACACAUUUUUUCCCAAUGCAUAUGCAAUGUUUACAUUUUGAAGUGGACAAAAAGUUGAACAAGGGGCACGUAACUCUGUAAUUAUUUGACACUAGCAGAAAACUGGUUUACCCAAGUACCUACUAUGCCUAACCUGAACCCUAAAUCGAUCCCUAUGCAUAACCUGAACCCUAAAUCGAUCCCUAUGCCUAACCUAAACUCUAAUUAGUAAUUCACUGCAACUAUAAUAAACAAGCAAAUGAGGCUGUGGCAUUCGUGCUUUACAUUAGCCCUUCACUACACUAGGGCGUCUAGGGUGCAGGCACUAGGGCACUUGUCACUUGGGCCUGGGCGACCAUAUCAUGAACUGGAAAAAACGGGACACACCUAAGGAGGGGUGGGGGAUACCCUCCAGCUAAAGAGGGGUCGGUGUGGGGGGGGGGCUCCGCCGGAAAAUGUUUACUGAAAUAUGCUCAUUUGAACUAUUUUACGACCUAGAGCUUAGAAAUCUUUUUAAAUUUACCUUCACUUUUGUAAUUUAAUUUAAAGGUAAUCUACCACUUGAGCGUCGGCCAAGAAAAAAUUCAGCUGUUCCGGUUGAAAGGGCUUCUUAUUGUUCACUCAGUUCACUGUUAUUUACUGUUAAUUAUAGUAAAUAAUAAUUAAAGCCAAAUAAUAAAUGUUAGACAGUCAGACCUAUUUAAAAUUCCUUUGGAGAACUCUUCUGUGUUUGCAUGUUACGCACUGACUUGUAUUGGGAGAAAUUAAUCUCCUAUUUUAAUUGGCUCGUUGUAAACAGUGCCUAACAAAGGACGAUACCAUAGAAUCAACAAUAUUAAAGAUACGACCCAAAACAGUUUCUCGUUACAAUUAAUAAGAUUUAUUAUUUCUUAAGAUAAUUAGAAAAGAAAAUAUAAUUACAAUCUUCAACUUACAGUAUGGUAGAUCUUGUACCGGUACACAGUUAACACAGAAUAAUGUGCCAAUAAAUAAUGCGAAAUAAACACAUAUGAUCACACAAAUACACAAAGAAUAAAACACGCCUCGUAAAGUUAAUAAAAAUCUAUCUGAAUCUCCGUUCCUUCGUAUCUGUCAAUCCUUUAUAUACAUGUAGCGUAAGACGCUUCCAGAAGGACCUAUGCCGUGUUGUUUACAUAUCUCGGGUUAAGGAGUACAUUCGAGAAGUUACCAGGAGACAUUCUACCCAAUGCAUAUUUGGAAGCCGAUUGUAAACAAGCUACAUCAAAGAGAUUUAGCCACGCCCACAACAGACGUUACUGUCUGCUAGGAGUGUACUGCGAGGUCGAGGAAAGUUCACGCACAGGAAAUUGUGCUACAUAACAUUGCAUAAACGGAAAACAUCUUCUCCCUGACUAUUUAAAUGAUAUGGCACAGACUUAAUCUAAAUGCUUACCUAGUGCCUAGUGUACCAGAUAAUCAUAACUAAGUUCCAGUAAUCUGUGAGCCAUCGGCCCACACUUACAGGGAACUCUUCCAUCAUUAUCAUGCAGGGUGUAUUUUUUGGUGGUCUUCUUGAAAAUGUCAGCGGCUCAAUGAAAUUUUAUGUCAAACGACGAACGCAAGCCACCGGUGUAUUAUUAUUAUUUUUUUAAGCAUCAAAAAAACACUUUAAAUCUUAGUUUCAUUUGUAAAUUCAAGAUAACAGUUAACACUGUUAAGUGUUGUCAGGUGCUUAACUAAGUAAAAUGUUAUGAUGUUAAAAGGUCUUUUCUCAAAUUCUCUCUUUGCUUUGUGUGAAAUAAAACAUUUGAUGCCCAUCCUCAAAUCUUAUUCGGGGAAACAUUCAAAAUAGUAUUUAUUAUUCUUUCAAAAAUAUAUUUAAAUUUGAAACAGAUUUCCUUUAUAAUUUAUCAGCGCCCCCUAAAAUGUCCAAGGCCUUCCACCACCCAAUUUGAGAACCAUUGAUUUAAUGCAACAACGGAGAAAAUUACAUUUUCAAAAUUUUUGUGUUUUAUUUUUCAGCAUGGAAGGCCAAAUAUCAAUUGCCUGCCAGUCAUGGUAUUAAUAUUGGAUUGAAAUAUGACGGUGUAAAUCAAAACCACAACAACAUUGAAAGGAUUAAGAAAUGGAUGGAGAAACGGAAACCACUCGAGACUUUGGCUCAUAACAGACAGUGUGAGUAUGAGCUAUGCCCUCUUGCAUGCCUUUGCAACAACUCUUGACAUUGUAAAAAUUAUUUUAAAAUGUAAAAACACUUCCAUUUAUUUAUCCCUUACCUUGAGGUUAUGAUAUAAAUUAUUCUGUAAAUAUGCUUGGCCAAAAUUUAACAGAUAUUAUUUUUAUCAGAGGUGAAACUGACAUGGAGGAGGUGAGUUCAUGUCCUAACUUUUAAAAAGAUUUGCUCUUGGCAGCUAGGGAGCGGGGUGGGAUCAUAAAUUUGUGACUAAAUGUUAUGAGGGUGAAUAAAUUGUAUGAUGAUGUUGGGGGGCGGGGGGUGAAGGGGAUGUAAAAAAAAAAAUUAGCCAAAAUAACCUCACAUCAUUUAUGGAAGGCCCAAAUAAAGUCUCAUAUUAUAAACUUAUAAAACACAUACAUUAUUUGGAUAGUUUCAAAUUUCUUUUUAAGGGUCAACUUGAAUUUUAAUGUUUCUUUAUUCCCAGUCUCCAUACAGCAGUGAGAAACAGUAGUAUGUUAAAGUAUGUUAAAAUGGCUUUCCAGCUCCAGAUAUCUGAGUGCUGUGAAGCACUGUUCUGUAGUGGACUUAAAAAAAUAAUUUCUUCUCUGGCUUUGAGAGAAAUUGUUAAAAAGUUUUUCCCAAUAAUUCCAUUCUGGAAAAUAUCAAAGUUAAGUUUCCUCUGCAUAAAUGGAAUAGAAAUCUAUAGAUAGGGCCAAAUAUAAUAUAUAUAUAUAUAUAUAUAUAUAUAUCAAUAUCAGGAUUGCAAAAGCAGCAGCAACUAUGGCUAAACUGAAAAAGCGGGUAUGGAAUAAUCUCAAUCUAACUGAUAAAACAAAAAUAAGUGUUAAUCAGGCAUUCGUGCUUAGCUCGCUCCUAUAUGGUAGCGAAGUGUGGACCUCAUAUACCAGUCAGGAGCGGAUCUCAACAGCUUCCAUCAAAGAUGUCUGCGUCGCAUUUUGCGCAUUCAUUGGCAGGACAGGGUGCCUAACGUGGAGGUCUUGGAAAGUGCACACAUGUUUAGCAUAUUCUCCUUUCUUAUCAAGAGACGCCUUCGCUGGUUAGGUCAUGCACGGAGAAUGGAGGAAAGAUGUAUCCCAAAGAUACUGCUGUAUGGAGAGUUGGAAGAGGGGACAAGACAUAUUGGUCGACCACGCCUGAGAUUUAUUGGUGUUUGCAAACGAAGCAUGACGGAAGCCAAUAUUGAAACAAACGAAUGGGAGUUCAUUGCCGAACAUCGCUCCAACUUGCGUACAUCAGUGUUUGGAGGAGUGAAAAAGGCAGAAGUUACUCGAAAUGAGGCCCUCGAAUCAAAAAGAACAAUUCUAAAAUCAAGAAUAUACCGGGCUACAACAUACUCCUGCGAGAGAUGCGGCCGUGAUUGCCAUUCAAGGAUUGGCCUAGUAAGCCACUCGUCAAAGUGUAGAACUAUAUAGCUACUCCAUCGUCUCACGUAGACGGAAGGAUGCCAUAAUAUAUAUAUAUAUAUAUAUAUAUAUAUAUAUAUAUAUAUAUAUAUAUAUAUAUAUCUACUCCAGCGUCUCACAUAGACAGAAGGACAAUAUAAUAUAUAUAUAUAUAUAUAUAUAUAUAUAUAUAUAUAUAUAUAUAUAUGUAUAUAAGUAAUUCUGCCCAUUUUAUGCACCUGGUUAAUAUUUUGUAAUGUUGAAUAAGAGUCAUAUUUGUUUUCAUUUAUAUAGUAAAUGUUGACAUGGAGCGUGUGAAAGAAGACUGGCAUAAUGAAUCUAUGCCUCAGCAUGUUAGAAAAAUAUCGGAGCACUAUGGGAUAUUCAAGGACCUCUUUGAUGGGGCUCAUUUCUUUCCUGUCAUCCCCUUGGAUGUGGCUUAUGAUUAUGAUGAGGAGUUGGUCACACCUGUAAGAUACGGAAACAUAAUUCCUGCUUGUGAGGUAGGCAUGUACUCUUAAGAAGGGCUCAUGGUCACUUUAUAGUUGAGAAGUGUGGUGGGAAUAUAUGAACAAUAAAAAAAUUUGAUACACCACAAUAUCUUUAGAAUGCCCCUUUAGAUUACCUCACUCACAAUCAGAAUCCAAUUCUGAGGUAGUAUAGUCUCUGGCCUAUAAUUGGAAUAAAUGGUAUUAUCAGACUAAAGUUAAACAUUAAUUUAAAAAUUAAAAUAAAAAAUAAAAGAUUUCCAGAAUUGGUUGUUGUAAUUAAAUAGAUCAUAAUCAGUUCCAUGUAAUUAGUAUUUCUGUAAUUGCUAUCAUUUCAAUAUAGAAGAUAAAUUACUUACGAGUCUCACCACUGCAUCCAUUUAAACCACAUGAGUUGUGCUAAUGAUGUAAACAGAGCAAAUAUUUGUACUACAUACAUUAUACCUCUGCAUCCAUCAUAUUUUUCUGAAACAUGCAACAUGUUCUUUUGAGACAUCCAACAUAUCCAAGAUAUAGCGAACCAAGACAUUUCCAAGCUGUAAGUCCUCAUGGUUUUAAAUAGGGUUUAAAAUGCUUUUUGAAUUUGUUUAAAUAUAUACAGUUAGAUCCUUGCACGAAAAAAAAAAGAUCCAUGCACCUUUGUUUUGUAUUGAUACUAUUACUAACAACCCUCUACUUGAAAUAAUUUAUAGCAUGUCUAUCCUAACAGACAUCAGCAAAGCCAUCAGUAUCAUUCAAAGUUGCUGAUGACAGUUUGUGGACUCUUGUCAUGUCAAGUCCUGAUGGAAACUUAGAAGAUAGCAGUAAAGAAAUUCUGCAUUGGUUUGUGUAAGUUGUCUUUUAUAAAUUGUUAAUCAAUCAGGGAUUAGAAAUGUGUUUUUUGUUAACUGGAGAAAAGUUCAAUCAAUCAUUAUAAUUUAAAAAAAAAAUAUAUAUUUUUUUUAGAAUUUAAUUAGCGAUUAAUCUUUUUUAAUUUCACAGAUUUUCUACUUAUAAUAAUGUACGCACUGUAAAUUGAUUGUGUGUAUAUUUCCUUUCAGGGGUAAUAUUCCAGGCAAUGAUUUAAACAAAGGGGAGCUGAUAUGCAACUAUUUACAACCAUUUCCUCCCAAAGGAGUAGGCUUCCUCAGAUAUGUUUUUGUUUUGUACAAGCAAGAUCGUAUAGUUGACUUCAGUAGCAUCAAGAAGCCUGAAAACUGGUAACCAUAAUUUUAUCUAAAUACCAGACAUGUUUACUCUUACAAUUUUGGCAUACAGUGUACAUUUUCGAGGUGUAUUUUACGAUUUUAUGCGAAGACUUGUCACAUCUAUGGUUUUAAGAGACCGGGUUGAAAAUAUAUACAUUCCUGUAGUUUUUCUGAUUAAAAAAUAAUCAUUAAAGUAACUUUUUCGGUUGUUAGUUUUAAAUUGCUCUCUACAUCCAGCAUUAAAUAGAUAGAAAAAUAUGAUUGGUUGGGGACCAGAUAUUUAUUUUGCCCUGAGAUGGGAAUGUGGUGGUGUUGAUUUGGGAGACUUUGUGUACGGGUGUGCAGGUCUAAUUAUUUAAGUCUAUAAAAUGAAAACCACCACAUUUUCGUAAUGAUAGUGGUGAUGGUAAUAUUGUUGCUUUGUGUGUUUUCAUAAUUAACUCGCUAGACACUGCAACUGUAAUAUUAGCAUAGUUGCUUAGUGACAAUUUUAGUCAAUCCUCGCCUUUGUUUUCUUCGCUGCUGUAUGACGUAAAUUUGUGACAUAUUUAUUUCAUUCGGCAAACACUGGCAAGUACGAUUUUUAAUGCCCCCGUUUGUUUCCAUCACUAAUCCUCUUUUCACCCCUUACAUUUUUUACAUUUUGUGGUAGUUACCAGACUAUAAUAUAAAAAAAACAUUUUUAAACAGCUUUUCCUUAAAUAUAAAUCUCAAGUUACUUGGUAGGUUCUUUAAAUAAUGUCAUCAUUUGUUAAUUAAUUCGUAUUUAAAUACAUCUUGUUUUAUGCUGAUCUGACUUCGAGUUUGAACCACGUUAAAUUUCACCAGUAUCUUUAUUUUGACCAGUGACAGACCGUGAUCAUGUGAUCUGUACAUCCACUCAAUAUAAAUUAAUAUCUAUAACAAGUACAUGUCUGCAAAACAAAGUGGACACAGAUUUCAAUAUAAACGUCGUUCAUUUAAUUUUGAAAGUUAAUUUUUUUUUUUACGCCAGCUUAACUCGAUCCCACUAGACACUGCAAUGCAAGUAGUUAUUGUAUUCAUUAUAUAUACUUGUUCAUACAGUAUAUAUAAUGAAUACAUGUUUAGAUGCCGUAUUGUACGAUUUCAGUUCAAGGGAACACAGUUCUGAAAUACUGAUACAAAUUUUGAUUGACUUUGAUAAUCAUUUGGUCUGUGCUAAUGAGAAAUAUAGUUUAUUGGUAGAGUAAUAUGUUUACUACAAUAUUUUUAAAGGGUUUGGUAAAGAGUGUGAAUAUUCCUCACUUCACCAAUUUAUUAUGUGAUUAAGUUUGUAAUAUGAAGACAGUUCUCAUUCUGAUAAACUACGUUCUGCAACCAAGUACUGGAAUAUGUGCAACGGUUUGGGAAACGAUGCGGCUAUCCUAACCGCUCCUAGCAGGUGCCAGGGUGCCUUGAAACUCUUGAUUGAUUUCGAGUCCACAGUUCCUUGAAACAUCUGAAGAUUUGAUGUGUUAUUAACAUGUCAAUUUUAAUAUUCUGUUUUUUUGUACUAAAGUAAAUUUAAAAAAAACUUAAGUCUUAGACAAAAUGAAAUUAUACAGUUGCUACAUUUAUUGUGCAGAUUUGUUUUGUGUUUGUAUAUAGAAUACAGGGAUUUUACUACACACUGAUCUGACAGAACGUAUUUAAGAUUUGUGAUUGAGAAUAUAGUUGAAUACCAAAUUUUUAUUGUCCUUCGAUUUCUUUUCCCAGCCUGUCACUCCGUGACAGAUCAUUUAGUAGCUUAGAUUUCUACCGCAAACACCAGGCAGAUCUGACACCUGCAGGUGUCUCAUUCUUUCAGAGUGAAUGGGACAAGUCAAUCACAUCGUUUUUUCAUCAUGUUCUUGGUAAGCUAUGUUGUGGGCUUUUGACUUAUCCUAUGAGCAUUAGCUCUGCACCUCACUUGUAGACCUUUAAAAUAUUUGUAUUUUUUAAUGGAAUUUUUAGGAGUUUAGAUGACAAUCAGCCUUUUUUUUUUUCGGUUCUUUCUUUUAUAUACAUAAUUUGUUUAUAAUUGAGAAGUAAAUUAAUUUCAACCAAGAAAAAUUGUUUUUAAGAAGUAAAUGAAAUUAAUAAGACAGGUUACAUUUUGUUAAACAUUUUUUUUCUAACGUUUGGUUACAAUGAAUGAUCACUCAACAUAUGUUAAUAUAAAUUAAGUCAUCUCUUUUUUGCUCCAACUUGCAGAAAUUACAGGCAUAAGAUCAUAUUUUUUAAUGUAUAAAAUAAUGAGCAAAGUAUUUUGGGAUUAUUGUUGUUGUUUUUGUUUUUAUUUUUUUUUUAUUUUCUUGAUUUGCUUUUUAGACACAUAAUUUUAGCAACGUAAAAAAUUGUUGGCUUUCAGAUAUGAAGGAGCCAGCAUUUGAAUUCAUCCAUCCACCUGCAUACCACCCAGAACAGCUUGAUUACCCACAUAGGCUACCAUUCAAUGUGUAAGUAGGGUUUAGUUUUUCGUUUUUGUUAUAAGUGGGGGGGGGGGGGUGGUGCGGGUGGUUUAUAUUGAUUGUAUCUGGUUAUUUUAUGAUCAAAAUGGUGGCAACUGACUGUCAAGGUGGGUUUAUUUAUAACAAGUACUGAUCUUGCUGAAGAACAUUGGAAAAUAUUCCUCAGUUUUACAACAUUAACAUUAAUGAAGGACUGUUUUCAAGCUGUCUAAAAGAAAUAUUGGAACAAGGUAUGUGGAAGCUAGAAAAUAAAAGACAGGACAAUAAGAGAUUUCCUUUUUAUUUCUUGUUUUGUCUUCACUGCUGAAGAAGGCUUUCAACCAAAAUGUUUUCCUUUUAUUGUCUUGUCUUUUCAUUUCAAGCUUCAGCAUACCUUGUUACACUAUUUCUUUUACAAUGUUUAGUUUGAACAGUUCUUAGUUCUCCAAUGUAGUUUAGCUUUUGUUUGAAUAUAGUUGUACCGGGUAGCAAAGUAGGAAUAAUGUUAUGUUUCAACAAAAUGGUCUUUAGCACAUCUAAAUUAUAAAUUUUGGUAAAAGCAGUGAAAUGCAAUCAAAUCCAGAAUUGACACGUGACCAUUUUCUUCUGGUUACCAGAAAUUUGUUUUGAAAGAAAUUUCGUCGACGGAAGCUUGAUCAAACAGAAAUUUGGUCGAAUCUUUUUUUCAGUUCACACAUUAAAAUUUUGCAACAAAUUUCUUUUUGAAUGCACUAUACUAUAUAGUAAAACAAAAUAACAGACCUGUUUACUCUUAUGAUUUUGGCGUACAAUGUACGAUUUAGAGGUGUAUAAUUAUAUACUGUAUGUUUAUUUUUUUUACUAUUAGGAUAAUGUAUUGAAAGAUUUUGUGAUGAUAUUGUACGAUUUUAAGAGUUUGAAGGUAAACAGCUGAAAUAUUGUGUUCAAAAAGAAAUUUGACGCAAAAUUUUAAAGUGUGAACUGAAUAAAAUAUUUGACAAAAUUUCCGUUCGAUCAAAUUUUCGCUUGUAAAUUUUCCAUCGACAAAAUUUCUUUCAAAAACAUUUACGGAUACAUUUUCUACUGAGUGUGUGUGUGGGUUAGUAUAGUAGUCCUCAAACUUUCUAAUGUUGGGAGCCAAACUAUACUUUUAAGAGAAAAAAAUGAACGAGCGGCUAUAUAACACGGCACAAAUCUAAUUGUAAUAAAAAAAAAAAGUAAUAAAAAAAAUUACAAUACUUUUGAUAAUUAAUAAUUUUAAUCAACAUAAAGUUAUUUGUAUUUCAAUGUUAAGUAUGGCUCUCCUCUUGGUCAAUAUCUGGCUCCAGAUGUGUCACUGCUACUGUGCGGCAGUGAUCACUGUGACUUGAUAUGGCCUGCGAGACAUAAUUUGAGGAUUUGAGGACCCAUGCUGUAAGCCUUUUUAGGAUUUCUAAUGCCAUAAUACUUGAGCGUUGUAUGUGGAUUGUUGCAUUCUGGGUACAUUUAAAAUUAAAUUGAGAAUUAAAUAAAAACCAAUUAAAAGAUAGAAAUAUUUUAUAAAAUUUUGAACCUACAUAUGAUUCCAGAAAUGUAUAAGAAAAAUCAGUUAAUAAAGUUACAAAUUAUUAGAUGCUAUAAAAACUCAUAUUCUUAUAGUUAUAUAUAAGCUAAUGCAAACAAAGCAUUUUAAUUAAUAUUUACUUAGUUUGGUUUUUGUCUUUCAAACUGCAAGUUGUUUGUUUCUGCUUUAAUGUUUCUGCUUUUGAUUUGUUUACAACAGCUAUAACUAUAAUAAUGACAUAUAAACUGUGAAAUCACAAGAACAAAUGUAUAACUUUAAAUGGAUUAGAAUUGGCCUAUUUGGUAAACGCAUCAAUCAAAAACUCAUGUUUUAACAGUGAUUUAACAUCUAUUGUGUUUUAUUUUAUUUCCACAGCUAUCUUGAUAACUACAGGCAUGUGAAAGACAUCCAAGAGGAGGUCCUAAAACGCAAACUGAAAAAAGUUGACCCGAUGCGACCCCCGCAACCACGUCCCAAGUAUCCGAAUUUAGAUAAACCACCCGAGUACCUGCCGUCUUGGCUUGAAGUGAGAGAGCAGGAAGUAAGACUAGGCAACGCCCAGUGGUCAGAUCUUUACAAGGACAAGGAUUAACAGAGCCUGGCAAAGGGAUUUCCUAAAAACUUUAUAUGAAUGAAAUGAGAUAUUUAACAAAGUUACUUAGAGCACUUUCAACACUGUCCAAAGCUGAUGUGAAAUUUUUACGUCACCGUCAGUCAUGCUGAUGUGAACUGCAAAGAGAAAAGAAAAUUGUGAACGUUAUUAAGAAUCAAACAUCUUAGUUAAUUUUUUUAAAAUAUUUGGUUCUUCAUCCUUGUUGGAUCUCAAGGUCUUAAUAAACACAAUUUAUAUCUUUGCAACCUUGAACAAACUUUCUUUAUGAUCUUUAAUGCAUGAAUGAAUGUAAAUGUGCACAUUCAUCAAUAUGAAUGUAAAUGUGCACAUUCAUCAAUAUGAAUGUAAAUGUGCACAUUCAUCAAUAUGAAUGUAAAUGUGCACAUUCAUCAAUAUGAAUGUAAAUGUGCACAUUCAUCAAUGGAGAAGGUUAAAAAAGCCCAGGCUAGUGUGCUUUCAAUUCUGAAUGUGUGAGGAACGUGUUACACUCCAUUCACAAAUCAGGUUCAAACAAUUUUUAACCGACACAUCCUGAUUUCUUGUACCUACCGCAGUGGGCUGUGUAAGGCUUCAGUCAUGGACAUGUUGAAACAUCCGGUUAGAUGAAUUGUUUACCAUCCACCAAUGCAAUAAAAGUGAGGUGCAGCUAGGAAGAAGCGUCAUGUGCACCUGCCAUAUGCACGGCCCAAUUUGAAAGUUUAGCCGCAGGACUGUAUUAUGAUAUCAUGAGCCCUCCUUCUGUAGUGAUUUACGGUAACUCUUUUAAACACUUUACUCUUCACAGGUUUUAAUUGUUGAGUGAAGUAAUCAAAUCAGUUUUAGUUCGGGAGUGAACACGUUGGGUUUUUUUUUUUUUUUUUUUUUAAAAGAGUAUUUCCAACUUUAAAUUAUUUGUUUUGCGGGUACAUGAGGAUGACCUUGUUAACAAAAUGCGUUAAGGAAGUUAGUUUAAAAGAGAAUCAUAAUGUUUGAGUGGUAGUGCUUUAGUGGGUCAAGUUAGAUGCAUCCCUGUUGGAGAAUGGGGAGCUGUCAGGGAAGCAUGAAUGCUAGCAUGGAAUCUGUGGACUGUGUCUUCUUCAUUUAUGUUAAAGAUUAUAUCACAAUAAAGGAUGUGUUUCUACUGUUUGUCUGCAUUUC